ACCAUGCAACUUUUUCAUGCUAGCAGUUGGGGCCAAGAAGCUAAUAGAUGGGAAAAAGCUCUGAAAACUCCAGGACGACAAAUAGGCGUCCUCCUCACAGAAAAGAAGGAUUACUGCCCCACCAUCCCCAGGUGGCCCUCAAAUCCGUUCUCUAAACGGCAGCAGCUGUUUAGAGGUGUCCACCAGGUGUCCGCAGCUUUGUCAUCCUAUCCCUGUUCGGGGCAGAGACUGAGGGCUGCUGACCCGGACCGGCUAUUUUGGGACGUGCUGCGGGGGGCCUUGGGAGGAUGCCGUGCGAAUGCUCAAUACCCUGCAGACCAAUGCCGGCUACCUGGAGCAGGUGAAGCGCCAGCGGGGUGACCCUCAGACACAGCUGGAAGCCAUGGAACUGUACCUAGCACGGAGUGGGCUGCAGGUGGAGGACUUGGACCGGCUGAACAUCAUCCACGUCACUGGGACGAAGGGGAAGGGCUCCACCUGUGCCUUCACGGAAUGUAUCCUCCGAAGCUAUGGCCUGAAGACGGGAUUCUUUAGCUCUCCCCACCUGGUGCAGGUUCGGGAGCGGAUCCGCAUCAAUGGGCAGCCCAUCAGUCCUGAGCUCUUCACCAAGUACUUCUGGCGCCUCUACCACCGGCUGGAGGAGACCAAGGAUGGCAGCUGUGUCUCCAUGCCCCCCUACUUCCGCUUCCUGACACUCAUGGCCUUCCACGUCUUCCUCCAAGAGAAGGUGGACCUGGCAGUGGUGGAGGUGGGCAUUGGCGGGGCUUAUGACUGCACCAACAUCAUCAGGAAGCCUGUGGUGUGUGGAGUCUCCUCUCUUGGCAUCGACCACACCAGCCUCCUGGGGGAUACGGUGGAGAAGAUCGCAUGGCAGAAAGGGGGCAUCUUUAAGCAAGGUGUCCCUGCCUUCACUGUGCUCCAACCUGAAGGUCCCCUGGCAGUGCUGAGGGACCGAGCCCAGCAGAUCUCAUGUCCUCUAUACCUGUGUCCGAUGCUGGAGGCCCUCGAGGAAGGGGGGCCGCCGCUGACCCUGGGCCUGGAGGGGGAGCACCAGCGGUCCAACGCCGCCUUGGCCUUGCAGCUGGCCCACUGCUGGCUGCAGCGGCAGGACCGCCAUGGUGCUGGGGAGCCAAAGGCAUCCAGGCCAGGGCUCCUGUGGCAGCUGCCCCUGGCACCCGUGUUCCAGCCCACAUCCCACAUGCGGCUCGGGCUUCGGAACACGGAGUGGCCGGGCCGGACGCAGGUGCUGCGGCGCGGGCCCCUCACCUGGUACCUGGACGGUGCGCACACGGCCAGCAGCGUGCAGGCCUGCGUGCGCUGGUUCCGCCAGGCGCUGCAGGGCCGCGAGAGGCCGAGCGGUGGCCCCGAGGUUCGAGUCUUGCUCUUCAAUGCUACCGGGGACCGGGACCCGGCGGCCCUGCUGAAGCUGCUGCAGCCCUGCCAGUUUGACUAUGCCGUCUUCUGCCCUAACCUGACAGAGGUGUCAUCCACAGGCAACGCAGACCAACAGAACUUCACAGUGACACUGGACCAGGUUCUGCUCCGCUGCCUGGAACACCAGCAGCACUGGAACCACCUGGACGAAGAGCAGGCCAGCCCGGACCUCUGGAGUGCCCCCAGCCCAGAGCCCGCAGAGACGGAGAGAGGGGCUGCUGGUGGUCAGGGACCUGCACUGUGUAGAGGGAGCCUGGCUGUGUGGCCUGGAACAAGUUCCUCCCUCCCUGUGCGCCUCAGGUGGCCUGUCUGUGAGAUGAGAAGACCAGACUGAAGCCUGUUCACCAUAUGCCAGGCAGUGCUUUCUGCAGACCCCCUUGCAGAGACCUUGUGAUGGAGAAUUAUACCCAUUUGACAGACGAGGGAACUGUGGCUGGUUUCAAGAAGCCAUGGAGGCCGGGCACGGUGGCUCACGCCUGUAAUCCCAGCACUUUGGGAGGCUGAGGCGGGCAGAUCAUGAGGUCAAGAGGUCGAGACCAUCUGGCCAGCAUGGUGAAACCCCGUCUCUGCUAAAAAUACAAAAAUUAUUAGCUGGACGUGGUGGCGCAUGCCUGUAGUCCCAGCUACUCGGGAGGCUGAGGCAGGACAAUUGUUUGAACCUGGGAGGCAGAGGUUGCAGUGAGCUGAGAUAGUGCCACUGUACUCCAGCCUGGGCGACAGAGCAAGACUCCAUCUCAAAAAAAAAAAAAAAGCCAUGGGACCUGCCUACAGUCACAAGCCAACAAGGUGGCAGGUCCAGGAUUUGAACUUAGAGCAGUCGAGGGCCUGUGUUGGGAACCCCAGAGUGAGAGUGUGGAUGGGGCCUCCUGGUGUUUGCUUUUUUGCAGCCUAGACCCUGGGGUGUGCUGUCGAGGGGGUGAAUGGCAGAGGGGAACUGGCUGAAUGAAAACCUGCUGUGCCCUGGAUGCUGCUACUGUUCAGGAUGCCACCCCUGCCACCAGGCCAGCCCAGUGGGGGCCAACUACAAAAGCAGCCCUGUCCUGUGCCCUCACCCCACCCUGGCUUUGAAUGUCACUGCCCUUCUCCCAGCCCAACCCA